UAUUUUACAGCCGAAACCCAGAACUACUAUUUUCUUAUAAUUAGAUCCCAGUAGUGAAGUCCCUACCUACUUCAAAACAGAUUUUGUUCUCAAGGGUGAAAACGAGCAUCGGAAAACGUUAGGUACUUAAUUGCAAAAAUAAAUUAUAUUCCGGUACAAAAAGAAAACGGAAAAGCAGCUCUAUAUCUCUUUAGUCUGCGGAGGAGUUUCUCAGCUGGCCGCCGCCUACUGAAUCUAAUCUCAAAGCCAGUAGUCGAAGCGUUCCCCUUCCUUCCGCCGGUUUCUUCCGCAGCUGCCGGUUUUCCGGCCAUGUCGGACAGAGAUAGGUACGGCGACCGCGACCGAGUUCGUGACAGAGAACGGGAGAGGGACCGCGACCGAGAUCGAGACCGAGAAAGGCGACGGGAAAAGGAAGAUCGAGAUCGCCUCCGGGACCGAGAUCGUGAUCGAGUCCGCACAAGAUCGAGGACACGAUCGCCGGAACGAACGCGAGGGAGGCACGCUCGUUCCCGCACUCGCUCGCCGGACGAUCGGCGUAACUCGCGCUCUCCAGAUGCACGCGCCUCGAACCGCCGCCACCGCCACCAGCGCACCCCGUCGCCUUCACCUCCGCGGAAGAGGCACCGUCACGAGGCCGACGAGGAGAAGGAUAAGGACAGGCAGAGAGCAGUUGCCACAGCGGCUUCUGAUUUUGUGGACGGGAUUUCGAAGGAGCAGCAGCAGAAGCGAGCCGAAAAGCACAGCAACGGCGGGGGAGAUGGAGUGGAGGUAGCAGGAGAUGGAAAUGGUGACGGGAUGGCGAAGGAGGAUGAGGUUGAGAUGAUGAAGAUGUUAGGGAUUCCGAUUGGUUUCGAUUCGACGAAAGGGAAGCCGGUUCCCGGUGCCGAUGUGAGUGGCAUCAGGGCAGUGACCAAGCGGCAGCCUCGGCAAUACAUGAACCGCAGGGGAGGGUUCAAUCGGCCGUUGCCUGCAGAGCGUAAUCGAUAGCCUUGAAGCUACUGGUUAGGGAUUCAGAUUCGAGCUUAAUUGUUGCCAUUUCCAACUGUUUGUGAAUCAGCAGGAUGUUGUAGUUAACUAACUUUGAUUUGCAAUUUUGUAUGCUGCAUUUGAAACUUCAUGCUCUGAAUUAGUGAUCGAAUUCUCCAAGCUUAAAGAUUGUUAGUGAUUGGAAGUGCUAGUAGGACACUGAGCUUUUUGUUGGCGGUUGCCCAACUGUUUAUGGCUGAUCAUGAUAGUGUGGUACUGUAGUUAGUGAGUUAUGCAUCAUUAGCAUCUUAAUGCUGUGAAAUUGUCAUGGUUUCCGGCUGUGCCCUGUUUGCUGCAUUGCUUCUACUGAUCUGAACUAGCAAUGUAGUGGGCUUUCGAGGCUGGUGGCUUUUGCAGUGAGCAUUGACUGUUUCUGACUAAUCAUGAUAGUGUGGUACUGUAGUUAGUGAGGUCUGCAUUAGCGUCUUAAUGCUGUGAAAUUAUCAUGGUUUUCUGCUGUGUUUUCUGUUGAGACCUGCUUGCUGCAUUGCUUUUACUUAUUUGAACUAGCAUUGUAGUGGCCUUUCGAAGCUUGUUGCUUUGCCGGUGAGCAUUGACUGUAUCUGGCUGAUCAUGAUGGUGUGUGGUACUGUAGUUAGUGAGGUCUGCAUUCUGUGAAAUUAUCAUGGUUUUUCGGCUGUGUUUUCUGCUGAGCCCUGUUUGCUGCAUUGUUUCUACUGAUCUGAACUAGCAUUGUAGUGGACUAGUGGCCUUUCAAGGCUGGUUGCUUUUGCGAUGAACAUUGAACUUUCUGACUUAUCAUGAUAGUGUGUGGUACUGUAGUUAGUGAGGUCAGCAUUAGCGUCUUAAUGCUGUGAAUUAUCGUGGUUUCAGCUGUGUUUUGUGUUGAGCCGUGUUGCUGCAUUGGUCUACUGAUCUAAACUAGCAUUAAAGGUUUGGCCUUUCAAGGCUGGUGGCUUCUGCAAUCUGCAGUGAGCAUUGACUGGUUCUGAAUGAUCUUCGUACUGGUGUAGUACUGGAGUUAGUGAGGUCUUUAUUAGCGUCUAAUGCUGUGAAAUUAUUGCGGUUACCGACUGUGCUCUGUGUUGAGCCCUGUUUGCUGCAUUGUUUCUACUGAUCUGAACUAGCUGUGUAGUCUUGGCCUUUUGAGGCUGGUGGCUUUUGCAGUGGCCAGUGGGCAUGGGAUUCGUAGUAUUGCAAAUGGAACAUUUAUACCUUGGCCGGGCAGCGAGUCUUGUCAUGGCAAUUAGGGGUUCGCCAUCCGUCCCUCUCCCCUUUGCUUUGCACAUUUAGCAGUGAUAUGUUCAUGAGCGUUACAUACAACUACACUUCAAGAGUGAUUCGGCUUAGUGAUUGCUUGGAUGGCCUCCGUCGGAAGGGUGUUUUGAACGGGAAUAGAAUGAAUGAUCUCUUCCUCAUAUUUUGCAGAUUGUUCAAUCAAGUUGAUUAGUGUUUAUGAAAAUGGUUAGGCAGCUGCUAUGUCAUCGAAAUCAUGCGCGAUGGUUAGAUGUUUUAUUGCCUAAUUUGUGUUUGUUUACUUGGGUUGGUGUUCAUUGUCGAUAUAUUAGAUCAUAUCUCAGGUGCGAUGGAUUGUAUUAUUGCUAUGAAAUCUAUCAAACUUGUUACAACAAACAUAUAUGACCUUGAAGUUUGUUAAAGAUGUGAAGAUCGGUGCCUUUACAAAGCCAUGGAUGACAAUGAAAUAUAAUUCAUAUA